CAGGAAGAGGAGGCUUUGACAUUUUCGACACAACCCAAAAUAAAAAUAAAGCUUCCAAAUCAAGGAGUUUUCUCAAUUUUCUCGGGUUUUUCUCAAGAAAUACGCAUCAAGAGUGAAACAAAGCGUUUGCAAGUGAAGGAAAGAUGGAUAUAAUGUACACAGGAAGUACACUGAAGAAUAGGGAGCUCCUAUAUCGACUUAUAAUAAGCCAAUUAUUCUACGAUGGAUAUCACAAUUUAGCCGUGGAGCUGUCCACAAUGGUACGUGCUGACCCACCAUGUCCACCGAGUGAUCGUCUCCUCAAUGUAGUUGUGCAGGGAUUGCAGGAUGAGGCAACAAAGCGUGAGAAUAACUACGAUGAAAUUGCAUGUGGAAUUGAUUUGGAAUUUGAGACAGAAGGCUCCAGUCUGGCACCGGAGCCAGCUUCCUAUGAGACAGCCUAUGUGACAUCCCACAAGCAGGCUUGCCGUGCUGGAGCAUUCAGCUUCGACGGGCAGCUCGUGGCGACGGGAAGUGUAGAUGCAAGUAUCAAGAUUCUCGAUGUUGAUCGUAUGCUGGCCAAGUCAGCACCGGAAGAUCUCGAUCCAGGGCGUGAGCAGCAGGGGCAUCCAGUUAUUCGAACAUUAUACGAUCACACAGAUGAAGUGGCUUUCCUGGAGUUCCAUCCGAAGGAGCAAAUCCUCGCUUCUGGCUCCAGAGAUUGCUCCGUGAAGCUCUUUGACAUCUCCAAGGCUUCCGUGAAGAAAGCCCAUAAGAUCCUUACGGAUUGCGAGCCCGUGCGUUGCUUAUCCUUCCACCCAUUGGGGGAUUAUCUGGUCGUUGGGACUGAUCACCAUGUCCUCCGGGUGUACGAUGUGGCCACGUCGCAGUGCUUUGUGAGUGCAAUCCCAUCGCAGCAGCACCGAAGUGGGAUCUCCUGCGUCAAAUACGCCCAAACAGCUAAACUCUUUGCAUCCGGAAGUCUCGAUGGGGCCAUAAAGAUCUGGGAUGGAGUCAGCGGGAGAUGCGUUAAUACCUUCUCAGCUGCCCACGAUGGGGCUGAGGUGUGUUCUGUGGCAUUCUCCAAGAAUGGAAAGUAUCUCCUGUCAUCGGGAAAGGAUUCCCUCGUGAAGCUCUGGGAAUUGAGUACUAGUCGUUGUUUGAUUGCCUACACGGGUGCCGGGACGACUGGGAAGCAGGAGCACAGCACUCAGGCUGUCUUCAAUCACACCGAAGACUACGUUCUCUUCCCCGACGAAGCCACAACGUCCCUGUGCUCAUGGAACUCCCGGAAUGCUUCACGUUUGCAUCUCAUGUCGCUCGGCCACAACGGCCCAGUUCGCUACAUCAUCCACUCCCCCACCCAUCCGGCAUUCCUCACCUGCUCCGAUGACUACAGGGCACGCUUCUGGUUCCGACGCUCCAAUACACACUAAAUUUCCCCCAAUUUUCCGCUGCAUUUUCAUGUAUUUGAGGACAAAAUACAAAAAAUUGAUGUAUUAUCAAAA